AUGAUGUUGAGGACACAAGUAAGGCUUAUGCCCAAAAAGCUUUCUCCCAUUACUAAGGGAGCUGCUAGAACCACCACUCUUGCAGCCUACAACAACAGCAACACUACUACUGGAAUCUUUACUGGAUCUGCUACCACUCUUCACUCAAGGUCAAUUUACACUUCAGUUCUUGAAUCUGACAUUAACAUCACUCCCGCAGGUAAAGUCAACGUUUCUGUUGGUCCAGGUGGCCGUUCAUCACGUACUGGAUACACCGUGACUGUAUUUGGUGCUAGUGGAUUCCUUGGUCGUUAUUUGGUCUCCAAGUUGGCACGUCAUGGUACUACAACCAUUGUUCCUUACCGAGACGAUAUGAAAAAGAGAUUCUUGAAAGUUGCCGGAGAUUUGGGUGUUGUCAACUUUGUUGAGAUUGACGCAAGAAACUUACAGAGUAUAGAGGAUUCCGUUGCCCACUCUGAUGUUGUCAUUAAUUGUAUUGGUGUUGAUUACGACACCAAGAAUUUCAGUAUGGCAGAUGUCAAUAUCGCUUUGGCUGAAAGGAUAGCUCGUGCUACUCGUGAUGCUGGUGUGCCACGUUUUGUCCAUGUUAGUUCAUACAAUGCUGAUCCAAAGAGUGACAGUGUCUUUUACGCAACAAAAGGUAUUGGUGAACAAAGAGUUAAGGAAAUCAUUCCCUCAGCAACAAUUGUUCGUCCAGCACAGAUGUUUGGUAGAGAAGACAACUUGUUAAACUAUCUUGGUCCAAACAUUAAGAUGUGGACACCUAACAAGAACCAAAAAGAAAUAUAUCCGGUCUAUGUGCUCGAUGUUGCUCGUGCCUUGGAAAAGAUCACCUAUGAUGACACAACCAUGGGUAAGACUUACGAGUUGUACGGUCCAGAGAAGUUAUCAUACCAUGAAAUUAGAACCAUGAUUCAUGGUAUCACAGAAAACUUUGCCAUGGCAGGUCCUUUCACUUACAACUUUGCCGAUUAUAACUUGCCCCUUCCAAUCGCUAAAGCUAUUGCUCAAUUGCAACAAUUGGUUUGGUGGAAAUUGCCAAACCCUGACCAAAUGCAAAGACACGUCAUUAAUCAAAAGAUUGAUAGUACAGCCGAAACAUUCGAAAGCUUGGGUUUGGGUGCACAACAAGACAGAACCAAAUUGGCCGAUGUUUUGUUUAGUUAUGUGAAGCAAUGGAGACAUCCAUUGAUUGCCCAAAAAGGUGGUCCAAACAAAGAAGAAUUGAGACAACAACAGCACUUUACCGAAUAA